AUGGUCAGUAUGAUGUGGUUUAAACGGGACCCGAAGGUCCCAGAAAAAGUGGAGAAUGGUUUGAACAGACUUCGACGUAAGAAACCGUCGGUUCUUAAACCAACUCGCGAGUCGAGCGAGAGAGAAACAUCCACGGAAAGUGAUAAGGAAAGACGUCGAUAUUCUGAUAUAUUAGAUAUGAAAGUGUCUAUGGAACGACGAGAUGAAAGCGACGAAUCCCUGUACGAAUCGGCGGAUUGUCAAAGUGACGUCAUCUCUGCGAGUGAUGACGCACUUCCCAGGCUUGGAAAAACUCCUACAAUGAGUAAGGAAUCCUUAAAACUGGCCGUCACAGACGAAGAGGGCGAAACCAGAAUAAAAAAGGGUCAUAGAAAAACAAUGUCUCUUUCUAAUCCACUAGAAAUUGUUAAAACCCUUGGAGAUGAAUGGUUUGAUCAUAAAAAGGAAGAGAAAAACUGUGAUAGAAAGAAGUCCAGAGAAAGUCUUUGGAGCGAAGAAGAUUCUUUACACGGUUCACAUAUUAAACUGGAUAAUAGAAAGAACAGUAAGAAAGAAGAUAAGAAUGAGGCAAAAGAUGCUAAGCGAAAAAGUUGUAAAGGUUCUUCUGUAUCAAGUUUUAAUUUUCUGCGUCGUAAAAAGACUCCAACGUCGAUGAAACCCGUUGAAGACGUCGUCGAAGUUGAUGGAACUAUAUCGCCAGAUGAAAUUCUUAAGACCAAACUAUUUUUAGAAGAAGAGAAGAGGUUUGCUUCUAUAUCUGAAGCGGUACCAGUCGAAUCAGAUUCUGAAGAUGAAGUUCCUACAAAGAAGGUUGAGCACAGGAGAAGAUUAAGCCGUCAAACUUCAAGAAGCAAGAGUAAGGUGCGAGGCAAAAGUCAAUCUGUAAAAGUAAACACAUUGAGGAAGUCCCAUAGUGGAACUUUAAAGAAGGCUAAGAAAAAAAGUAUAAAGGCGCCUAUGAAUAGGAGUCGGCAGGCGAGUAUAGCAGAACCAAGUCCAAUUGUUAAGAAGAAAAAUUCGGAUACUUCAAAGCCGAAUUCGUGGCUCUUCAGUAACAGAGGUGAAUCAAGGCGUGAAGGCUCGACAGAGGAGCAAUCGACUCCCGAUAUAGACAACGAUGCUGGCGAAAGUAACGCCAAAGAAGUACCAGAGAAGGAACACAACUGGCGGGGCUCGAGUGCGACAUCGCGCGGUGUUAACCGAGCGGAGAGUUGUCGCGAGCGUGACGCGCCUAGACGAGGCAAACAUCGCAAUGCAUCUGAUCCUAACCGUCUCACCGCACAUCCUAACCAGUGA